CCCUAUGUUCUCCCCUGAGAACCAGACCAAAAACAUAGGAGCUUCAGAUUAUUAUUUUUUUGGUUGUUUAGCGCCGAUGAAACUCUAUCCAUUAGGCCCACCAAUCAGUGCCCCCACCCCACCUGGACCCCCAAUUUAUCUGAAAAAGUGGGUGUCUGCACAUACAAAAAAGGUUAUAGCUCAAAAACUAUUAAACAUAGGAGCUUCAGAUUUUCUUUGGUUGUUCACCUCUGAUGAGGGGCUAUCCAUCAGGUCAACCAAUUYUCCACACACCCCCAAAAAAAUGACCCCCCGCCAAACCACUAUAAUUUUGGGUUGCACCUAGUAUCAUGACAUUUAUUAGGAAUAAAGACUUCUGAGUUCUGGUGCAUUUGUGAGUGCGGGGGUCAUUAUGUUACCACUGUGCAGUAUCCAGUUAAAUUUUUGCUGAAUUCUCAAUUGAAAUGAACAUAAUAAAAGUUAUUUGUUUAUUAAAGUUCAACAUGUGCAGGUUGGCGUGUCUCUGUGGGAGCUGAUGGGAGUUCGUGUGGAAGGUUUCCUUCCUGCAGCCAUUCUUCCAUUACUGCUAACCAUGGUUUUGUAUCUGGGCCCUCUGGUUCGGUCUGCAGUGGAAAACCCUGAUGGUUUCAGCGGAGAACUGCAGUCUGCUCUGGGUGUGUCUGACUGUUGAAGAUUUAAACUGGAAAAAAGAGAUUUUUUUAUGUGUGUGCUUCUCUUUGCAUUGAGGGUCACCAUCAUGAAGUCCAGGAUUUAUUUUUCCAGAUGUUCAGUCUUGGAGGAGUUGUGUGAAAGACGCAGAGUGGCUCAGGAACCAGGUGGUGGCGCCGUGUUAGGUGUUCAGGGGGGCCAUGCUGCCUGUGCUGCUGCCCUGCACUGGACCAGCUGGGAUUUUUACUGCUCCGCCUUUCUUUGGUGUCGCUCAUUUUCAUCAUAUUAUAGAAGAGUGGCAUCUCAGGAAAGAAAACAUUAAUGUUAUCUUCUCGGAAGCAGGUCAUGUUGCGGGUCCAGUUUUGUGCCAUUCGUUCUACAGCAGCCAGGGCCUGCCUGACUUCACCUCCGCCCUGAACCCYCCUCAUCGUUCAGUCCUGCUUUUCUUUUAUCUGAUGGGAGUCCUGCUGUUCCUGGUGCUGCUGUUCCCCCUGACAGACCCCUUCCUCUAUGGCGCCAUUCCAAUCAGCAGCCUGGCUCCCCUUCAAACACCUGAAUGUUAAGUUAACUGGAGUUAAAACACACUCAAAAAUGUAAAAAAAAUAAAAUAUAAAAAA